AUUUGUGUCUUUAUCAUUACUCGCUUCUCGAACCUUGACCACCAAAAGUAACUUGUUUUAGUUUUCUGUUGUCAUGGUUUGUCGUUGUGUUUGUGUUUUUUAUUGAUCCCCAAAGGAUCAAGUGCAAAAAGUUUUAGACAUAUUUUCCCGAGAGUACCUGACUGAGCGGCAUUUGGAUCUUGUGAAAGUCAUUCUUGUUUUUACACGAACUUCGACAGUAAAAAGUCGAGUGACUUUAAGAGUUUGACACUGAAACUUGUGGUUCAGAAUCAAUCCUUAUAGUUGCAUUGCAUGGUUUUGCACGUACACAGGUACUGUGGCAAGGACACUCUGAGACGACUGCCCACUUCUGCUGUGUCACUUGUUGUCUUUAAUUCAGCCAGGCAAAAGUUUCAACAAAACAAACCCUCUAAAUAUGAGUACUGAUGUUUUAUUAUUCCACUGAAAAGGUCAGGUCCUUUUCACUGUUCUUGUCUCACUUUGAAGGUACUUAAAUUGGAAUUUUGUGUUUGGUUUUGUGACUGUCUUUUUCCACUCUUUGUAGUUGCUUUAAUCUUAACUACCACAUAUAUCACUUUGAUAUCUCUUCGAAUUUAUGAUCAUCAGAGGAAUAUUAACGUAAACUCGUCUUUAUUUUGUAACGUUGCUGUGUUUUUAUGUGCUCAUUUGACAACAUGAAAACCAACCGACGGCACUUGAAAGCAGCAGCGCCUGGAAGCAACCAAAGGGCAGUACUGCGCAUGCUCAGAGCAUCCUCAGGCCCGGUCGGCAUGGUGAGAACGCUGCAGGGCAGGUGCUGACGCGUAGACAACCAUCUUUCUGCUGCAGUUUCCAUGUCGAGAGAAUAUCCGAGCUGAGCAGAGAGUGUGUGAGCGCAUUUUUGACUCUGCAGGUUAUCCACCUCCCCCCUCCAUCUCCUCCUCCUCAUGCCUCUCCUUCCCUCUGUGGCCCUAUGGUGGGAGGAGGGGGGGAGGGGAUACCUUAAGGAAGAGGGAGGGAGUGGGGGUGGGUGCAGCCUUAUCAAUAGCAGGUUGCCCCUAAUGAUCCAGUUCAAACUAGUUUUGCUUUUUUCAGCGACUGGUUCGAGAUUAGACACAUCCACAGAGGGCUGCAGCUCCGACAUCUCCUCACAGGAAACGAAAACUACAUUUUUUAGAGUUUGGGGGUGCAGGGGGAGCAUCGUGGUUUUUAAAAAUAGGCACUGGAAUGAGACCAAGAUGUCAGUGAUGGUGUUUGGGGAUAUUUUAAUGAUGAUACUCCUAACAAAUGUCUAAAACUACAACUAUCAAUCUUUUUUUUCUACCAAUUGCUGCAUAAAAGAUGUCAAAAUAAAAGCACACGGGAGACGUGGCAGCUUUUCGGCUCAUACAAGCGUGGCUCAGUAAUUAUAGUCAUGGUUAAUUAAAGGGAGUGUCGGGGGACAACAAAGAGCCGUUUGAAGCAUCACCACCAGCCCCUCCACACUCCUGCGUAAAAAGCCGGUGUUCUCGUCACUCGGUGCACGGUGCAAGUCCCCGACAGACAGGGGCUAAAUGGGAGGAACCGGCGCGCAGUAGAGCGAGAUAUAAUCGCCGUGUGAGGACUGAUGUAUGGCAGGAGCAGGGGCGACAAAAGCGGAGGGAAGCCGCGGAGGAAUCACUGCAGUGCAGCAGAGCUGUCAGUCAACAGGCAGAGGAGGCUGCACUGCACUCAGCCCACUGCCAGUGCGCACACACAAAAGCUGGAUUUGAAGCUUUAUAUGAUCCUUUUAAGAGUAAAUCUCUUUUAAGGUACUUUAAGGAUCUUUUCCAGCCCUUUACUAUCAUCCCAGCCUCUAAAAAACUGCGCAACAACAGAAAAAUGCGCACAUAUGACGCAUUUAAGAUCUCUAACAGCCUCCAGCGGUGCAGCUAUCCUUUCCAUCUUUAAUUUAACAACAUCAGCACAUCACCGAUUUAAAACGGUGAAUCCAGUUUAUCAUUAACAGUGUUUUCUUAGCUGCACUCGCCCCGCUACUGCACGGGAUUUCCUCCAGUUUGACGCAUCGCCCCCGCUUUACCUUGCGCCCCAGUGCGGGCGGCGUAUCGCAUCCUUUACAGCCAAAGGUAUCUCAACAAAGCGGGGAUCCUCCUCAUUGAAAGAGUGAAAGAAUGAAGAGAGAUCUGUCCAGAAACAACCUCUCUACGCAAUCUCGCCAUCACACCCCCUCCUCAUGGAUCCACAUCCUCAGAAGUACACACACAUACACACGCCUGAUGAGAUGCAGGGAGAAGGACUGAGUCUGACUCUCUUCCUCCUCCUCCUCCCCCCUCGGUCCAUCCAUCAGCGUUUAACGGCGCAGCGCCUCCACCAAUCUGUGCAUCGCGAGGACCACCCCAACCCCUGAACCUGAAUCUACCCGCCCUGCGCGUUUAUAAAUACAGCUCCAAACACACCGGCAAGUCUUGGUCGUCAGAAACGCUCAGGGUUGCAGCAGAACAUCCCCCUUUCGUCUCCUCCCCUUCAUCUUUUCUCUGUUUUUUAACGAAACCUCACGCAUCACCCAUUUUUCACGCUCAUUCUUCCCUCUUUUUUCCCGAACUGUAGUUUUCCCUGCGGCCAGUUGCAUGCAUUGUUCGUCUCCCAAAAUGGUUUGCGAGACUAAAAUUGUUGCGGACGAACACGAUGCUAUACCUGGGACCAAAAAAGAGUCGAUCAUGUGGAGCUCUCCUCCGUCCAGCGCGGCUCUGAACCCGGCCGAGGCAAAGGAUGUGAGGAAAGAUGCGGUUUUCAUCCGCGAGUUCGAGCGCGGGGAUCAGGAGGAGGUGCGGCGCAUUUUUUACGAGGGCAUUAUGGAGAGGAUACCCAACACGGCGUUCAGGGGGCUCAGGCAGCAGCCCAAGACUCAGUUUUUAUAUGCUCUUCUGACAGGUAAGUUCCUCGUUACCUUGCAUCAUGUGGGCUUCGGACCCACUUCUAGGCUACAGAAAACUUCUGCGCAAUGCCAAACAUUAAAUAUGUAUGAAGCAGUUUUGACUUUUAACGCCUCUGUUGCGCUUCUUUUGAUGUUUGCACUCAAAGGUGAUUUAUUUGAGGUACUUCUUCUACAUCCAGCACUAAUGUCAGGUUUUCCUGCACUAUCCGGCCCUUGUAGGCGUUGUACAGCUAAGUUGAAAUCUGUUGCAACGCCACACUGAGCCCUCCCGGCUCCCUUACCACCGGCACUUACCGGCAUGUUGCCCAUCAUGCAACAAAAGGCAUGGCCGGGCGCAUGGUGCACGUGUAGAACCGGCGGGCCUUGCUGCUGAUGUGAUGACAUGCCGGUGCCGUGAAUGAAUGAGUGAAUGAAUUUGAGGAUUGGCUCACAGGGUGCGCGCACGUACUCAUAAAAAAGAGAGAGAGAGAGAGAGAAAAAAUCCUACCCCACACACUCCCACGCAGUGUGCACACGCUUCCCCCCCUCCGCCUCUGCACAGGCAGUUUCUGCGCCAGAUUUGCGCCGAGCUUCGUCCGGCUUUUGUUUAUGUUCGCGGCGCAGAUUCGCCGCCUCGUGAAUUAUGACGCACUUUAAAUUCGAACCAACCGCCGCACGUUCCAAAAGCUUCACAGUUUGAGCGGGAAAAAAAUGUGAAUUUGACCUUAUUUGACUCAUAAAAAGUCACGACACAUGACAGCCCUGACUGUGAAACUCCCCCGAAAUGAAGCAUGGGAUGUUUGUGUGACUGAUGCGGAUUAAACCUUUAAAUUCUCUUUAAAAACAGACACUCACGUCGCCUCCAUGUCAGCCCUACGGCACUGGGGUGUAAUGGAGUAAACUAACUACUAGUUAAUUGCAUGGCACACUACAACAUGCUAUGCAGCACCCAGCCUGCUUGUUUAUGUUCCCAUUUGCGCCCCCUAGCGUUACAUCCAACUAAUUACUCCAACAUACACUGAAGUGCCAUCUCUGAAGUUAAUGUGCCUUAUUUCACAGUGUGAUGAUGUAACUUUACUGCCAUGUGUGAAACUAAUCCUGAUCUCUCUCCAUCAAAAUUCUCCUCAUGUUGCACCUGUUAAUGUUUGAAAAUGUCAAAUUGUUUCUGCUGUUUUUGUGUUUUUUUCUUUCUUCUGUGUCUGUUUGAGGUCAAAUUCCGCCAAAAUCAAACAUGUGAUUCUCUCUUCUGACAGGUUUCGUUUAUUUUUCUUCCAUUUCUCCAUAGUAAUGUGCUUUUACGUGACCAAAUCCGUCACGCUGACCUGCUGCGCGCCUCUCUUUCUCAUGGGUGCGCGCUACUACUACAGCAGGAAAGUUAUCCAGAGUUAUCUGGACUGUGCUCUGCACACGGACAUGGCGGACAUAGAGGCUUAUUACAUGACGCCCACAGGUAAGACGAGAGAGAAACGCCACUUUUUCACGCUGUAGAUGUUGUGUUGAUUGUUGGCAGGCAAUGCUCCAUCACCAGUGCUGAUGUUAAAGGGAAUCUCACAAAAACACAUGGUCGCUACUUUAAGAAGUCAGGGAUGAAAUCGUCAGACUCAAGAAUGUCCAGAGGCACCUCAUCAAAUAUUCAGCUCUUCCUUCCCCUCAUCUUUCUCCACUCCUUCCCCCCGCUCGCUUCCUCGUGGUCUUAGGAAAGAAGGGAGUGAGACAGGAAGGGGUUCAAGCAUUGCAUCACAGUGCUAUCGAUCGCGUAGAGAAAAAUGCUGAUACACUUUCUGCAAGAACGCUCGGUGUCGGCAAGGCUCAUUUCCUCUGCUGGAGCUUCUAAUUGGAAAAAUCAAUCGAACCCUUGCGUCGUGUCGAUUGUGUUAUUCUAUCAAGUUCAGGGCCUCAAAUGCGUCACAUUUUUUUAACACAUUCCUCCUGCGCUGAAAUUUCUUGGACACAUCCAACCCCAACAAACUGGUCGGUAGAACAAGCAGCCCCUACUUUGCUUCCUAUUGUCUCCUCUCUUCUGACACUGUGCCCCCUGGCCGGGUAAUCCAGUGUAUACACAGUUGGAAUUUAGCAUUCCCAUUAUUGCCAUGUCCAUGAUGCUUUAGAGGGGUCAGGCCCUGCUGCUCCAGGACAAUGCUAAUGAUUAUAUCCAUGCAAACUGAAUGGGCCCAGAGGGAGGAGGGGGAUAACACCUGGGUACCGACAUGAAUCCCAGCAGAAAGCCACCUCAUAUGUCAUUGUCAUUUGUUAUGGUGCGAGUGUGUUACAUAACAGAUAAACAAGAUUGCAUGAAAAUUAGGAGUGUGUAAUCACAAGAAUGCAUCGAUCCACAGCAGAAAAAUUAUGUAACUCAAAAGGACCUCACAAAAGAAGUGAUUCGCUCUGUAAACAAACUCAAAAAAGAGAUUUUUGGAGUGUAGAGUAAAAGCUUUUCCUGACUAUAAAUAAGAAACAAGACAAAUUCAGCACUUUGUAUCCCACACGGCUCAACAGUAGCUGUAGUAGUAGAGUCUGCAAGAGUGUGGCUUCAGUUAGCAGAGCUAGCACCACCAGCCUUCGGUCCACAAGCCUGUGCUGUGUUGCACAGAUUGACUGUUUAUAUCGCUAAUAAUCUGUAUUUUCGAAAUCCAAACACUGCCAAACCACAAUGUCCUGCAAGAUGCGAGGUUUGUUUACAUCCAACAUGUAACAUGUAACAUACAUAAAAACAUGAAUACCUAUUUAACUAGUUCAUUACUCUGAUGCCUACUAGCGAGGGUGACCAUGUCCACAUUUAUUAAACCACAUCUUAUCGGUUUAAUCUGAUUUAGCCUGAGUGGAAACCGGUCUACUAGUGACACCUGGUCAUAUAAAUGAUAUUCAAGGAGUUUAUCUGCAUCUGAAGGAUGUUAGCUCAGUGUGUUUCUGGUCUGCUGUCUAGUUUUCUCUCCGGCAAGUAGGUAACUUGGCACAGCGUCCAUGAUAAAUAGCGAGUAGGUGUAGAGAGGGAAUGAGCCAAACAGGCUGGAAAUAAACUUGUAUUGUUGACUGAGAUGUCAAUAUGGCGACUCUCUAAUGCUGAUUCAAGGUGUGUGUAUGUGUGUGAGGGGAUGUUUGAGAUAGUGUGAGGAGGACUGGGAAUUCUGAAAACCCGCAAAUACGACCUUGUUUGUUCGUCUUUGGGGGUGUUAAAACGUGCGAUUUGUCAUUUUUACGAGUUCGAACAGAGAUAAAUCAGCGUUUUAUUACUGAAGUGUGGAGGUGUGAAGAGAAUAGUUGUUAAUUUUGGCGUAUUCUGAAUUAAAUUAAGUUUAACAAGUGAGCGCUAAGGCAAUAGAGAGAGAUUUAACCGGAGCCACAUGUUCCUGCACACAUGGAGCGACUACACCGAUCAAUACUCGUAUCUCCUCCGUGUGUGCUGUGAUCACUCACUCUGCUGUCUCCUAAGACCAGCUGUCACCUCUUUCAUCUGACACAUAAUAAAGAGAGUGUGUGUGUGUGUGUGUGUGUGUGUGCGUGUGUGGGCAGAGAGGUUGUAAAGCAAAGAGAAAGAGCAGUGAUUGGAGGUUUAAAUGGAAAUAGCUCAGACCCAAAAAUGAAUUGAUCCACCGUGAAAUACUCACUGAUAUUGAUUCAGAUUAACCUGAAAUGAUCAUAUUUAUGAUCCUCAGUUUGUUUCCAGAAGCUAUGCUGAGAUUGUGUACAGCUCUUAAUUACUAAAAAUCCAUUAUUCAAAUGUAAAAGUCCAAUAAAGGUUUGACGGAUUAAUAUUGAUCCACUUGAAAUACAACAUCUGCUAGAAGGAGUUUCUUUGUUCACUUGGACUCCUCCUCUUUCCAUCCAUCUCUCUCCACGUCCUUCAGUGGAAGCGAUAAACCAAUAAUGAGUCAAUCUGGCGAUCAAUAUAUCCGCCAAUGGUGUGUUAACAGCUACAGUGCGCUCGCUGAAAGACACUGUAAAUGAAGACGUGAAACUAAAAUGAGGGUUAAUUCUAAUGACGAUUCCUGAGUAAAAUUAGUAAAUCUGAAAAAUACUGACUUUUAGUGAUGUGUGGAUGUGUUAACAAACUAAAAAUAGACUUGUGACUUCCUCCUAGUGAAACAAAUUUUAAUUUCCUUUGAGUCACACUAAAAACCACUAGUACUGUCAUGUUUAAUCCAGCAGUGGCAGACAGUCGUUUUUUAGAUCUUUCUUUCUUUUGUUUCUUUGUUUUUAGUAUGUGCCAAACUUGACCCCUGCUGGUGAAUUGUCUAAUAUAUUUCUGUGGUAAAGCAACAAAAAUUCAUGUUAUCAGAUACUUCGAAUAAUAAUCCUUCUUACUGUGACUUUUCAGCCAGAAAACACUGACUUAAAAGACUUUAAAGCUCCUAUGAGGAUUUUUCUUUUGUUUAUGAAAUUCACUGAAUUCACCUUGAUGCCUUUUAAUAUAGAAAAAAAGAAAAAAGACCAUCAGGGGUGGGAUUGAAUUGAACUGAAAGUCCCUGAUAGGAGCUUUAAGAUAGACUUUAAAGUGUGCUGUACAAUUGUUAUUGCAAUAUGAGUUUCUUGAAUGAACUUAUCCCAGCAGACUGAAUUGAAAAACUUAAUAAAAAAAGAUUUUUGUAAACAACCGUUUUCUAUCUAAGCAAAAGUAAUAGUUUCAUUCUAUUUUGAUGCAGCUGAGAUAGCUUUAAGACUCAAUAUCCUUACACACCGGGAACGACAUAUGGUAUGUUGUAUCUGAACAGGUUAGCUUACGAGCUAAAGUUACUUAGCACAAAUGAAAGUUAAAACAAAGACGUUUAGCAAACUGUUCGUCAUAUGAGAAAUCAGACGCUAUGACUCUCCACAAGUUGUCCUUCAGGUCAUUAUCUUUGUAAUAUUUGUGUUUUUUAUCAAAAAUCACUCUGUUCUCCGACACGUAAACAAUCAGCCGGUCGGCCAUGUUGGAUAUACCGGUGAAUCUGACACUGCAACAACACGCAAUCUGAUUGGUCAGAAGUGGACACACAGUAUGCGAAACUUUAGAAAAAUCGACCGUGUUGCGAAAAAAUAAAUGCUGCAAUAUCGCAGAACGGGAAAACGUCGCUGAUGUGAACGCUUGUAUUGACAGGAUACGGGUUCGAAAGAAAUUAUGACAUCCGAAAUAAUCGCACGAAAAAAAUGCUCCCAAUGUGUAACGACCUUAAGUGAUUGAAAUAAAAGAUUGUGAAAUAAAGUCAAAGCUAAAACACAGUCUCAAAUUUCGGUUUAUUUAAAUGAUGUAAUUGCACUUCGCUUAUUUUUACCAUACUGUGAUGGCCGACUUUACUGUUGGAUUUAUUGGCUUCUUUUCCCCCUGUCAGCACCUAUCUUAUCAAAUGAGUGCUUCUGCUAAUUUUCUGUCCCCUCGUAUAAAAUAAACGUCUGAGUUAUGACUUCUCUGACCUGCCGUUACUUAAUCCUACAGGGCUGAGAGAGAAAGACAAAUAUCAGAGGUUUGCUGAAAGAGAAACCAACUGUAGAUACAGAAGGAGGAAGACUCCCCCUCCUCCUCUUCCUCUUCUGCUCCGUCAUUGCUCCAUCUCUUCAGGUCACUCAGGAGCAGCUCAGUGCCCAAAAAGUGAAACUAAUUUAAUGAGGGCGGUAUUAGACAGCGAGCUAAAUCCUCCUGGCUGGAAGUGAUACCCACUCAGACAUACAGACUGUUUAAUGAGGUGUUAUGACCACUGCAGGGUCUCACAAUGCAGAGGGUAUUAAAACACCUGCUGCUCACUGUAGCUCUUUAUAUACGUGAGGAAAUCCGUGUGUGUGUUUAUAACAUGAUAGGAAAGAGCUUCCUCCUCUGUACCUGCUGUGCUUAUUUUAGCUCUGACUGAGAGUGAAAGAGAAACCGUGUGAGGUGACAGAGCGCUGGAGAGAAAAUGGGGGCAUCUGAGGGAGGGGGGUGCUCCUCAGCUAUGAGACAUACUUCAGGUGUGAGUGAGAGAAUAAGAGAAACAAACAGCUUUGUGGUGAGCACAAAGACAAAAGAAUCUCCUGGGUGUGUUUCUGCCGCGUCGGCUGAGCUCUUCACAUUAAUAAGGCUCCUUCUUUCUAUCAUCUCCUCUUUUAUCCCUCCCUCCUGUUGCAGUUAAAGACACAGUGUCUCUCCUACCUGUGUUGCUCCUCCUCCUCUUCCUCAUCUCUGUGAGGGUGCAGUAGAGGUGCUGCAGGGACUCAUCUGGGUUAUCCAUCAUCCAGGCAGGGAGGAAGUGAAGUUUCCUCCCAACCAGGGAGGCAGACUCAGCCUCUGAAAUAUGUAGAUAGAGAAGCAUAAUUUAAUGGUCGUCCAUUUGCAGUUAGCAGUGAAAUAUAAUAUUCAAUCAUAAUCCAGCUUUUUUAUGCCCCUGGUUCACACAGAUAUAUAAAGGAAUAAAGCACAAUUCGUUUGAUUUAACGGGCUAAAACAAAUAUUUGAUCAAUCCCUGACAAGAUCUACUUAUUUGAUAUAACUAUAGAAAAACUGCAACGUAUAUUUAUUAAUAAAUGCUUUCAGCUUUAAAAAUGUGAGAAUAUACAGAUAAUUUUACUGCAAAACUGAGCAUUUUAGAUUUUGGCCUUUUGGGUUUUUUUUGUAGACUUUGCAUCGAACUUAAAUAAAACACUGAAAAGCAAAUAUUUCCCCCGAAAGUUGUUAUAAAAUAUCAAUAUGGCCAUUUAUCCUUGACUUGGCUAGCACCAAAUAACUGUACAUAGUUUGCAGUCAUCACACAAUUGCUUUAUAAUGAAAUCUUUGGAAUUGUAUUGGUAACGUAUCGGAUCAUCAUCAUAUAUCAGUAUAAUACAUCUGUGUCAUUUUGUAUCACUAUUGUAUCAGUUACAUGGUGUAUCGGUAUAAGUGUUGUAUCAGUAUCAUAUCAAAACGUAUCAGUAUUUUGUUUAUAUAAAUAUAGAUUCCAUAUAUUAUCAGUAUAGAGUCAUUGCCAGUAUCAGUAUUACAUUAUACUGAAUUAGUAUCUUGUUGGUAUCAGUAUUGUAUCAUAUCUUAUAAAAUCAAAACAUAUCCUGUUGUGUCGAUCUCAGUACGUCAAUGUUCAGUAUUGUUGAGUUACCCUCUUAUUUUUAUCUGUAUGGAUAUCGGUAUCUAUAUCAGUUUUGUAGCACUAUCAUAUAAUACCAGUAUUGUGCUGGUGUUAGUAUUAUAUCAUAUUGUUUUAUUUUGGUAACAGUAUGGUAUCGUAUUAUAUCCUGUCGUAUCGAUAUUGGUGUGGUGUAUCAUGUCAGGAGUUACACAUUCAUUGGUAUUCAGUUUAUCUGUAUCAGUUUUAUAUUGGCAUCGAGUUGGUAUUAGUAUCGUAUCAAAUAACGUCCUGUUGUACUAGUAUUGGUACUCCAGUCGGUAUCAGUAUUGUGACAAAUUUAAUCUUGCUGUCUUGAUAUAUAGGUAUUUAUUUUAUCUGUAUCAUCCAUUUUUGGUGACUGAAUUCUUCUAACAAGUUGCAACCUUGGGAGAAAGACAGUUCUAAAAAAAGCUGCUUGGCAUUGAGGGAUUGAUGCUUUGUCGUUAAGUGGAGAUAAGCUUCUGUGAUGGUCAUCUUCCUUUUCAUGUUUAGACUAAAGCCGACGGCUAAAGCUUAACUAGUAAAAGCGUGUCUGGUGUGGAGUAACAAUAAGUCACCACUCUGAAUACAAACCUGAUUUAUGAUUAUAAGUGAUUUAAACAUUGAAAACACACACUUUUGAGCAGACCUCAAGGACACAGUGAUUCUCAUAGUCCAGUCACAUUAUUUUACACAGUCUGCACGGGUCUACAUGCUCGAUCAUAAUCUACACACGCUGAGAAACUGAAGCACGAGUCUGUUAGUGAAGCCGUAUGCUGAAUCUGCUUUAACAUGCGCAUCAUUUGUUUUACACUCUGCUUAAAUCAAUACUGAACAAAGAGAGACUCAAUGGCAAGAGUAGAGGAGGUGUGAACAGCAGGAUGGUCUAUUUACUCAUUUUUUUUACUGUAGCGAUUAAUCAUAAUUAUUGAUAUGGAAAGAUCAGCACUUGUGAGUGGUUACCUUUUUGCUUCAUAGAUUAUACGUGAAUGGUUUUAUGUAUUGAAAGACCAUUUACAAAGGUAGUAAGGGGGCUGGGCUUCCAUUGCAGUAGCAGCACUGAUAACUAUGGCGUGCACAUAGCAGACUGUGCACAAUCAUACAAACAGACAGCAUGCUUUUACAGGCAGGAAAGCAGUAAAACUAACAGUAAAAAUCCAAGUACAGAGUUUAUCUCUGCGAACACAGGUCAGUACAUGCAUCUCCUCUGCAUAUUAAGUUUGGCUUAAAGGCUAAGUUGAUGCCAAAGGUUUCCUCCAGCCUUCGAUUCACAUGAAUCUUUAAUUUUCUGCGACUGCACGGUUGUGUGUUUGUGUUCACAUCUGGACACUGCGUCCUGUGUCUGACCGUCACCUCCCCUCCCACCCUCAUUUGUCCGUGACAGAGGAGGAAACUGCUGAGGCAUGAGUUAUACAUGACAGGCCAAUCAAUACUCCCAGCAUGCACUCUGACCUGGAGAGGAGGGUGUGUCUCUGAAUGCAUGUAGUUUGCGGAAGGGCAUAUGAUAGGGAGUGUGCUGUAUAGGACCAAAGUCAUUUUCUAAAGCACAUCAACCUUUUCUUCUACAUAUUAGCUGCACAAAUGUUUAAUUUUAUAUCAGAAUUAUAGUUAACAUCUUUUAGAGCUGUUUGUUUUUACGUCUCGGUACAUUUAUCUUUGUUUUUUGCGUUGCUACCAUCCUAUUAUCUCAGACAGACUUUGGUUUUGUCCAAGGUUUCUACCUGUUUGCUAAAUUUGUCCGAACUUGCUGCUAUUUGAUGAUGUGUUUCUCUAAAUAAUAAAAAUAAUCUACGCCUACUCUUGAAAUGGUAGGAAAAGUCAAAUAGCAGCCGCAUUUUUCACACGUCAGAAUCUUUGUGAUAUCUAAAGGACGCUUACAAAAAAUAAUGGGAAACUCUAUGUUUGGGCUGAUUUUGGCAUCCCUUGUAACCAAAGCGGAACUUCCUAGCCAUGCACUAUUUUAACACUAAACUUUAUCUCUAAUUUGAAAUGCAUAGGCUGUUUCCUAGAGCUCCUAGCUUAACUUCUGCCCACUCCACAAGCAGUUUUAGACAUUAUUAGUAAUUCUUUUUUUGAGUAUUUAAUGUAAAAAAGGGCUUUUCUUCAAUUGCACCUACCCCCUCGUACUAGUUUCAGACAUUAAAAUGACAGAAUAAAGACCAUCUAUCUUGUCGCUGAUGGUUUUGUGUAUCAUAAAAUGAAUUUCUGUCUCUUUUGUUAAUGUCUAAAAAUCCCUCGUAGGAGCUUUAAUUUCUGCCUGUAAUUAAAUCCCCUCCCAGCAGCUUUAAAACAAAUUGUAUCAAUACCGACAUGCAAGUGUCAAACCUCUUAUUGGCUUUUCUCAGAGCUUACACCCACAGAGUGCCCGGGACAGCGAUGUGAAGCCCCGCCUAGACCGACUUCUUAUCAACUAGAUUAGCGCUUUAGGUUUUAUCCAAUGAAAACCCCCCACUAAUCUUGUUAGGCAGCCUUAAAAACCCUGUGUCUAAGCAUGAGCGCGUUUUUUAAUGUUUCUACUGUGGGUUCAUAAAAAGCUUUAUUUAACACUCCCACCCAUGAGCACACGGGCCUAUUAAUAUCCCUGAAAAGUGGUAAAAGAAAUUUGAUGCGCCACAUUAAGACUACAGUAAUCGGAUUCUUGCACAUGUGAGAAUCAUUUUGAAUGAUUUGUAGCGCUCUUCCUCUCUUUCACUCUCUGCCAUGAUUUAUUUCUCAUCCUGAGAUCUCAUCUGUAUUCUUCAGGUCCCCCUCCCCCCUCUGUAAUAAUGAUAGAUCUUCUCCUCCUUCCUCCCCCCACCCUGUUCGUAUGCCCUCGCAGCAAUAAUGGAUCCUUUCAGGCUCAUUGCUAUUACUGUUAACGCAGAUGCCUCACUUCCCUCCUCCUCCUCGAGUCACACUUUUUUCUUUCAGAGCGGACACAUGAAUGAUCUUCUUCAUUGUACCUCUAGCCUGACUCCUCUUUCUAAGUGAGUGAGCUCAUUUAUUCGACUUCCCGGCUUCAGUAACACACUAUAACAUGGUCUGUGCACUGUAUUAAUACUUCAUUAAGCUUUAGCCUUUGGCAACAAGCGGCUGGAAUAAAGCAACAGGGGUUUAGUGACUUCUUUAAAGGCAGGCGGGAAAAUGUUUGCCUUUGCCUUUUGUUAUCUGUUAAGUCUUUUUCAAAAUACUGCUGUACUUAUUCAGUCGAUCUCAGGUCUCAGACCAAAAAGACAAAAACUAGGUCAUCAUACCUCCUGUUGCUCCAUUGCAGCAACUAAUUGCUAAGAGUAAAGCUAAUAACAAGCUAUAAACAUUUAAACAACACACAGACUGCUAUUUUCUUUUCACCCCCAAAACUGUCAGACAUAAUAGUGUCUCCAUCCGUUGUUUAUUCUCAUUACAACCUGCCAAAAUCCUCUCACAGACACCCAAUCUACAACGGAUAAAUCUUGGCGGUCUUCAGAGGAAAAUCUGCUCUCCCACUGUGAAUCAUUUAACACAGCCUCCUUCCUUCAAUCUGCCAAACAGAGAGAGUAACAGCGCAAGAAAGACGACAUUCUCAAUAAUUCCAGCAGACAAAAGCUGUCUGAUCUGGGGCGGUGAUCCACUGUAUUCCUCUAAUUUGGCCACUUGCACACCUUGGCUUUAAUGGUUGCUUCUUGGGGCAAACUCCAGUAUUUUAAGUCUCAAUAGCUAACUUCUAAACUAGAAACAACUGGACAGGGUUGUACUUCUUUUAUAAUUCAUCUGUUUUGAAGAUAGGAAGGCUAAGAACUGUUUAUAAUUACCUAAUUAUUAGGUAACCAGGCUGUGUUCUCAGCUCCAAGUCUUCACCACUUUCUUCUUUGGAAAACAUUUCGUCAAAGCCAGUAUUGCCAACAUGGCCACCAACAUGCCUGUUGAGAAAGAAACCAAUAGGUUUUUGCUGUCAGUGGGGUCUUUGCUACAAUAAAUCUUUAUGUGUAUAUAAGUGUAUUCAGUCGUUCUGGCAUCACCUUAUGCUAACUGCUAAUCCAAAUAUGCAAGUUGAUGUUGAUAACCCAGAUUUUAGCUAAUACAAUGUUAACUUUGUUCACAAGCUUAGUUAAUCAUGCUAACGCCAAAUUUCAAUCAAAGAAGUUGAUUUUUUUCCCUUGUUACUCCAACCAAUUAUUAUUUAGACCUUGAGUAUUGGACUAUGGCUCAAACGUAUUUUGGGACUUUGAAUGCAACCACUGCAAUAGUUGAUGUGAAAAUUCAGUUUGUACUCAAGUGUUGAGUGAAAAAUUCCUCCACUACGAAGUCCAGACACCAAACUUCAGCUUCAUUUGAGUGUCAAAAAAGUUCAGAAAAAAGGAUCUGUUUUAAGGGGUCCUCGUCUUUUAGAAAUUGCUCUUAAGAUGGCGAUUCUUGGGAUCACUUCUGAUUACUAAGCAUCGUCCAGGACCGUAUGCUUCGGUGCACCUUUACUUAAGCAAAUCCAGAGCAUCUUAAUCCCGCAGAAACAGCCUUUUAAAGCACAAUGUCAUGCCUCCUCCUUGAACCUUCUCUUCAUCCAUUUUUAUUUUUUUCAGUCUGUCUCUCUUCAUCCAUCCAUCUCCAAGAAGUGCAGUUCCAAGCAGAAACAAUGACCGCUCAUUUAAUCCAAGCUGUUUAAAGUGCCACAUGCAGCAGAUGUGAAGUUCCUGGAGUUGUUAUGUCAGGAGGAUUAGAGGUCAAUAUACCCUGCUCAGCUUUCACAAGAAAGGCAGAGUCAGACCGAGAGGAAGGGCAAAAGAUGUAAAACAACCUUUUUUUCCUCUCAUUGUAAAUCAAGUGAUUUUAAACGAGACGCAGCGUUAAGUAAUACAGACAGUCUGAUAGACAGAUUGGUGGUUGGCUUGCUUGCCUUCCUGUGCUGUCCUCAUUCCUGGCACAGGCUCAGUUCAGACAGAUGGUCAGAAGGGCUUUAUGGAAGUAUAACCUCCCGCCCUACGCCAUGCACCAGCAUAAUAAUGCCAGCAGAGUACCACAUGAGUUGACACCGCAGCCCUGACAUCUGUCUAUAAUGAAACAUCCAUAGUAUUAGUGACAGCCGCCAGAUACUUAACUACUUACAACUUGUGUACAAACAGUCUCCUAGAUAUGUGCUCUGCAUAUGUGACGUCACACUGGUGUCCCUAAAUGACAUCAAUAAAAGACUGUUCAGCUGCUUUUUGGGUGAAUAAAUGACUUUGAGAGUCUGUAAAUGUAACAGUAAUAAUCUGCAGAGUCAUUUGACCUACAUUUCUGUGUAGCCAGUGAACAUAAAAAAGUUUUUGAUCACUUUCUUUCUCUUCAGUAACUUCAAUACUUAAACUGUCCAGAUAGAUCCAGGUCUGAUCUUUGGGAGCAAGUUGCUUUCGUGUGUUUCUUUUCAGUUUCAGCACUUCAAAGAGCAGCAGAUUUCCCCUGAAGUUGAUGAAAAUUUCAGCAGAUUAGUGAAUCACCAGUUGCACAAAGUUUCCACUGAUGCCUAGCUCUGGUUUUCCUGUUGCAGCUGCAGCCUACAAUGAUGACUACAGUUGUUUGAUUCAGAAACAGAAGCCUCUGAAUCAGCUUAACUCCGACCUGCAGGGGCAUCAAAUCCCUCCAAGCACACGGUGCUUGAUGCUAAUAGCACCGCCUGUUUUCUGUGUGUUUGUGUAAUAGUUAGAGAUUUAACAGAAAUGAAGGGGAGGAGGAAAGGAGACAAGGACGGAGAGAGCAAGCACACAAAGACAGAGAGCUCACGAUGGGACGGAUUUUUACUGUCCACAGGUCAACAUCUGCCAGUCACGGAAAAGUCAGAUUAACUUCAUCUAUAACAAACAGAUGGUAUUUUGAGAAACCACUGCCAACUGAUGUCGUAAAUACAGCUGACAUUGAUGGAAAAGGCUGUUUUGACGAGGGUUAUGUAAUGUAAAACACGACUGCAAAAAAUUAAGCAAAGAUACCUACCUGCUCACCAUGUGCCUAAAAGAGAUGAGUCGAAGAUGAAUGAUGACGCGAAACGUUUACUCUACACAUCGAGUAUUAAACAGCCUGUUAACUCAGGGUUUAAAAGUGAGGAUUGCGGCGGUUUAUAAAUCGUCCCACAGACCUAAAAUAGUACAAACCGCUAUUUCAAAGGAGAGAAGUUUGGUUACAGAGGCGGGGAUAUGGAUUAGGAGGGUAAUGAAGGUACUUUGGUGGAGCAUUGUCUGUUAACAUCUGUAUAUUGGUAUUGUAAAGUUCUUAUUCUUAUGCAAAUGUAUUCUCUGUCUUUGUGAUUCAAUAAGAAAGUUUCAUUCCUGCAACACAAACCUGAAAAAAUUUGGAAAUAUUCCAAAUGAAUUUGCCAAAACAUUUUCUGCUCAUCAUGUUAGAGUCUCUGCUCCACUGUGAGCCCAGAGUGACCACUUCGUCAUGCCUGCGCUUUUAAUCAGCAGUGUUUCCCUGAGUGGCUAAUGCCAUUAAGCUGCAGUCAGACGCUGGUCUCUGCCCUCCUCGUUCAUCUCCACCCUGCGUCUUCUAUUCUGUUCCCCCUCCUCUCAGAGGAUGUGGCCAUUAGGACAUGAUGCAACACGCUGCUAAUGGAAAGACAGGCUGUUCAUUUCGGUUUGAACUUACUGGAGCCAAACAUCCUCAUUCACCCACUGCUGUCCUUCAGAUUUUCCUUUUAAUUAUUUAUCUACAUCAGCGUCUUUUAAAGACCAGAUCUUGUUAAAUAAGAUCUUUAUAGUUCAUGGUUUUGGUCAUCUUUUUUAUUGAUUUCACAAAGACGGAGAGUAUUUUUGGAUAGUAUCCCAGUAUGUCACUUCUGUUUCGUAAUUCUGCAGCUACUAGUGUGAACAGAUCAGCUUAACUUUGCACUGAGUGGAAACAGGAAACAGCUAGCCGGGCCUCAUAAUUCACAUACCAACAUCUCUGCAGCCCUAAUGUACAAAAUAAGACCUGAAGUUAAACAACACUUUAUCUUCUAAGGAUUUAAAAGGGAUGUAUGUCGUCGCCUAGGCUUGCUGUUUUCCAUUAUUUCCAGUCUUUAUACUACGCUAUAUGCUAACUGGCCUUCAGAUCUGUUGAAGAAUUCAUGUCUCAUACUUCUGAAAAUGUUCUGACUUUAAUUCAUGGAUUUCUUCACUCUUGUUUCUGUUAGGCUCUUGUUUCUGGGUGGCAGUGCUGGACGGACGCGUGGUGGGGAUUGUGGCAGCGCAGGGUCGUGAGGAUGACAACACGGUUGAGUUACGGCGCAUGUCAGUUGACUCCCACUACCGCGGAAAAGGCAUCGCAAAGGCCCUGGGUCGUCGUGUUCUGGAGUUCGCCGUGCGCAACAACUACGCAGCCGUGGUCCUUGGCACGACGGCCGUCAAGCUGGCAGCCCACAAGCUGUACGAGUCGCUGGGUUUCCGUCGAACGGGCCAGAGCGAAGACUACAGGCUCCCCGGGAUGAGUCGCUCGCCACUAGAGAGGCUCUUCUUCCAGAUCCGCUACAGCCGCUACCGCCUGCAGCUCCGUGAGGAGUGAGAGGCUUACAGAGAGAGGGAGAGAGAGAGAUGGAGAGGGGGAGAUGGAGAAAGAGAGGGACAGAGAGAGAGAGCAACGACCCUCCUUCACCUGAGAGCCCCGACCGCAUCCUCUCCUGUGACAGCUUUUAUUUAUUUUGUGUCAUUAGCGAUAACUUCCAGUACUUAACACUUCUACUACUUCAUCUUUAAAGUCACUAACGUUUCAUUACUAUUAUGCUUCUGUUGCUGUUGUUUUUGUACUAUACUUUUACAUUUAAAAUAAGACUUUGUUUUUUUUUUAUCUCAAUUUCUUUAAGCUAUUUCGGGUACCACUACCCCUCCCUUUUCAUUGUGGGAGUAAAUUAAAUUGGCUUUCAUAAACGACAUCCAACCAGCACCCAGUCUAGGCACUCACCCAGGCCCCUUUGGUUUCAAGAUCAUGACACUCUGAUCAAUACCCCCCUUCAUUACAACACCCCAACGUCCUCUUUGCCCCUCCCCCCAUUACCUCAAGCCUUCCUCUCCCUCCCACAUUCUUCUAAUUUCCCCACAGCUAGAAUUCAAUAGGCGGGUUUGGAUGCAGCUCAACGAGACAUUUGCAUCUUGUUUCAGUGGGGGUGGACGGAGCAAUGGACUGGCAGGGAGGGGUAAAUAUGGCGUCCUUUAGAGCAAAAGUGCGUUGGGAAAGGUUGUGAUACACUCUCUCGUUUAGAGCGGCGCUGCAGUGUUGCAUUUUUGUUCAUGAAUUGUGGACUGAACUUGGUCACACACACAAAAAAAAUACAUGUCAUCUGGCUGUUAGCCACUCCCUCAAGACACCAUAUUGAAGCACAGCGAGAGUGUGUUACUGACCCCCACAGCGAGAGAGAAGGAUGGCAGGAUGGUGACCGGAAUAUGCGCUGUGUUUCCUGCAUCCUGGAUGGACUUGUAUCAACACAGAGCAUCUUCCUAUCGCUCCCUGCCCUUUUUUUCCCUCGCUCAUUAUAACUCUUCGGAGCCCUCCCUUCCUUUCUAUUGUUGCGCGCCCUCAGUUUAUCGCUGCUCUUGAACGCCAGGGAGAGGGUCCCUGAUUGGUUGAGGUGACAGGAGGGAAGAACUUUCUCAUCGACAGAUCUUGAGAAACAAUAUAGCUGCAUGUCAGAGCUUGACUGCGUGUGAGAGGGCUUGUGUGCGUGUGAUUGUUCAGAGUGAGUGACUUUGUGUUAGAUGUAUGAGUGUGUGUGUAUGUAUGGUGAGGCCAUGGUCCAACUUAAGACCGUGACUUAUCAGAAUAAUUGCUGUUUUUUAUUUUGUGUGAAAAGACGCACACUUUCUUGCUAUGGGUCAAGUAUUAUCUAAUGAAAUAUAACUACUUUUUAUCUGUACUUAAUAAUUGUUUACUGAUUGAGGAAGAUAAAUUCUAACAUUUUGAAUAUGUUUACUAUCUGACUGAAAAUUAGUAUUUUGUAACACACAUAUUACCACAUUGUAAUAUGCAAAUUUUACUGUCAAAGGUACGACGACAAACACAAAGUAGCUGCAAACUUACACAUACCUAAUCCAGGUUAUUGGGGAACAACUUGGGUAAAACAUACUAGCAAUACCUGCAAACCUAGAGUACCUAACUGAGCACAACUAGCAACUAAUUAUUUAAAAUCAGUGUAUUGACAUGAGUGUUUCCCCUCCUCCAUGUGUUUUUAUUGUGUGUACAGCUGAAAACUCAUGUAGCGAUCAAAUGUUUCUCCCAUAACACCCCUCUCCAUCUCCACCCUCUAACCAUACAACCAGCAGUAGAUUCAGUCACCCACCAUCCUGAGCCUAAGUUGUGUUAUUAUGAUUCAUCAUUUGUAAAAAGUAAAACAUAAAGAAAGAAAAGCAAACAAAAAAAUCCACAAAAGAUGAAAAAAAGAAAAAAAAUGGAUACAAAUGUAAUCAUCAUGAAAUUAGCAAUGACCCCCUUCUGUCUUGCCACCUUUUCCUCCCCCAAAAGUUUCCCUUCCCCCAUUCAAGAAUCUGUCUGCAACCCUGGGCUAGACCCCAAACCUUCCAUUUGAACCCUCCGCUGACCUUUGACCUCCCAUCUCCUAGGCCACACCCACCCCUCCACCCAUUUCUGCAUGCGCCACAGAGCCUUGCUGCACUGCUUUUAUUAUUCCAUUUAAAGCUUGUUGGACCAACCCUGAGCCCCGAACCCUGAUGUCAUCUAGGCAGUAUUUUACACCCCGAGAAAGGCUGGUGCAAGAUCAGCGAUGUGUGGCUGUUGUGUUAGUGCACAAGACACAAGAAAAAUAGAUUAAAAAGCACGUUAUAUGAUGAAAUCGCCUCCUACACCACUGCCUGGAUGACAUCGCGCCUGCCAGCCAACCAACUGUAGAAUGCAAAAAGCAAUGCAAGUGUGGCAUGCCUCUGUACCCGGUGUGUGUACGGUGCCUGCCCUGGAAAAGUGUAGAAAACAAUUUAUAAAUAUGAUAUAUAAAUAUAUAUACUAUAAAAAAAAGAAAAUGAGCUUCUUUUUAGAUGAACAUAUUAAAGAAAUGUGUGUUUCUUUGUAUGGAAAAAAAAAGAAAAAUUGUACUAUUUGCAUGAAAUGUGUCUUUGAAUGCAAAUAUAACUUUAAGGGGAGAAACUCCUAGCACAUGGUUUACAGUGGAACCAUAGACUUGUAAUUUUACAACAGUUUGCUUCAUUUUAAUCCUCUGUAGUCAAGACAAGGGUGUGAAAUUAAUACCAGAGACUAGUUAGAGAGAAGGGUUUGCUAAAUUUGAAAAAAGGCAAACGCUAUUUGGAUUUAUUGGUGACCGGCUGGUAGACUAAAUUCCUUUCCCUCCUUGAUCACAGCAAGUAUGAGAUCUUCCAUUAAACCAGCUUGUGGAAAGGUUGCUAAACACUUUGGAGAUCACUAAUGGGCAUUUGGCGAACGGUGCAAAAGAAAAAAGAUGUAUCCCCACGCAGUAUAUAGUGCAAAAUGUACAUAAUCCUCUAACCCCUACAGUUGAUCAUAUGCAGAUAAAGGAUUCAGACAAAAAGGGUAGUGCUGUUGUCAAAAGGUUCGACUUUGCUCCAGUUGACACUGCCAUUGGCAGUGUCCUCAAACCAGUGUCAGAAUAACACCAUUAACUCGUUUUUCUGCAUCAAACAUUUGGCGACACUCUCCAUUCCAGAUGGUUUUUACUUUGUAUCGUAGACAGAAUAAAGUGGAUGUAGCAGUGGCAAAGUCGUAUAUUUUUUGGACUGCCUUUGUGAAGCCUCAGUUUGGGGAUUUUGUUGUCGCCAUCUUGUUUAUUGUUUUGGGGAACUAGAAGUGACGAUAACUGGACAGAAAGGAAAGGAAAGUUUUCCCGCCAAGCCCUGAAAUAUUCCCAAUUUGCUGUCAAUUUUACCUUUUUUUUUGACAGUUUUUUUACAAAAUGUUGAUGGAAACUUUAUUGACUAAGGCCAUCAAGGUCUUUUGGAAAACAUAAACUGAAAUCCCUUUUUUUCCCCCUUGGACUGACUUCUUACUUUAGUUUAGUCAAAGUCACGUUGGCUUUACUUCUCGAGCGAAUCGUGCUACAUCCACUUCUCAUAUAAAGCCAAACAGUUCUCACAAUGAAAAAAGCUGCCCCUAGUUUUUCAGACCCCGAUGCAUACAUGGUCACGCUAGGAUUCCUUUUUUUAAAGCCAGGUCUAAAGGAGAUUAAUCAAUUUUGUCUUUAAAUUGAACUAACACAAGAUUUCUCUUUGAUAAGCAACAGAAACGCACCAAAAAUUAUUCCAGAUGUUUUUGUCGGGCCAACAGAUGGAGAAUGCUUCACACUUUGAUGCAUUUGCUUUGAUUUUGUGACAUUUCUGGAGUAACAGAUACCACUGACUUUAUCGGACAUCCAAACUAAAUGACAUCACAACAAAUAAAACCAUCUAUUAGCACUAAAUCCUGAUCGCAUCGUUGGUAAAUGUAGGUGUCAGUGGUGCUGAGGCUUGAGGAUUUCCUUACAGAAACAAUAGGAGACAACUUUGAAGUGUCAAAUAACUAAUGUCAGUUACUGCUGUUAGUGUAUUUAGUCCUGUACUCAGUGACUCAAACCAGUCUUUAUAAGACGUGGGUGAGAUCUGAAGGUUCAGAGAGGGAGGUGGGCUUUGCUGAGGGGGAUGGUAAAAUAAAGUGUGCGGUGGCGUUUGUGGACGAAUGUGAAGUCUCUGAAUUCUGAGCCAUUUCUGCUGCUGCCAAUCUCGUUUUUUUUUUGCCAGAUGAAAUUUCAAAUACUUCUUUGUGUAUUUUUUGGGGGAGGGGAGAAAAUAGAAUCAGUUCUCGAUCAUAUUCUGAACAAUAUCAAUGAACCGCCUUUGCUAAGGCCUUAUGCACUGGAAUCAAACGCUGGAGUUCAAAUAUCUCGUGGACUGCAUGGCUUUAGGUAGUUAAAGGGUGACUUUGAAUUGUACAGAUAAAGUGCACUGACUAUAAUGCAUUUAUUUUGAGUCUGAGCGAUGUCUGUUUUCUACUUCAUGUGAAUGCUAUGCCCUGUGAACUCUCACCUCCCAUUUAGAGAUGGUGACGCAUACUUCAUGUUAGAAUGUAGUAAUUAAACUGUAUGCAAUGUCCACCGGAGUGUAAAUGAAGUUACAAACCUUUCCUCGGAAAUGUUCUGCUGAUGUACAAUCCAAAAAACGACUUUUCUUUCUUUUUCUCUUUUCUUGUCUUUUUUUUUGGUGAUUCGUUUGAGUGCGAGUGUGCUGUCCUAUUGGUUGAGUUUCGGUAAGGUGUGCUGCAUAAAGGUCUGUGAGGAUGGAGAAGGCUCUUUGAGAUUUAGAGUGCUUUACAACCCAAAAAUGAUCAUCUGAUGCCCAAGCUGAGGCUACUAUCGUAGGGUUUACCAAGCCAAACAAACGCUAAAUACAUCAGUAUUUGUCGUGAUCAAUAUUUAAAUAUCUACUGGUGGAGAAGUGUUCAGAAUCGCACAAAUGUACAGAUCCUGUGAGUGGGUUGUGUUACUCUGCAGGUGUGCGAACACUCACAGGCAUGAAUGUAAACUGCCAACAUUUAUGGUCUUAGAAAGAUUUCAGUGUUUCAAAUCUUUCCUGGUUGCCUGUUUUAUCUGUGAAUGAGAGAAACGAGGAGGAGCGAGGGUGCAAAGCAGCUGUUGAUUCUUUCAUUAAGUGACUAAACCACUACAUUAGAUGUUAGACAUUUUGUGUGACUGUAAAUAGCUGUAUCUUUACAUAUUGUUGUUGUAUUAUUUUACUGCAAACCUGUCAUCUUUGCUGGAUUUAAACCGACCCCGAUGGCGUUCAUUUUUGUCUCAGAAGAUGGCUGUCGUCUGGAAUGUUCCACCUAAGGAGGAGGGUGAGGGGUGAGGGAGGAAUGUGCCACAUUGGCAGUAAAACGGGAAAGGGGGGGUGCGGUGGAAGGUCUACAGCUGAGAGCUUCAAAGCAUGGACUCCCUCUCUCUCUCUACCUCUGGUGAGGACUUUGCGCUGCUGUGGCGAAUUCAGAAGGACUCACUUUGGACUGAGGCCACAGGUGCCAAGAACACAUAAGCACUUGUAGCACAACUGUGUCUUGUUUUGCUAUUACGGUACAGAUAGUUUUGAUUUUUUACAUUUCCUAUGAAGAAUAUGGAUUAAAGUUUCUCUUUCUCCUGUAUUAUGGAUUGUAUGUAUCGUAGGCAUAUAUACAAGACAUGAUGUUAAUUCGCACUAUGACCCACGGCUAUUUUUGGAGGUGAAAAUUUGCCAAAGGUGACAGUAAUUGCUGCAUUAUUUUCUUUAUGUGGCUCUGUUUUAUUUCAACAAAAUCCUGCUCUGACUUAUUUGGCAAAAAUCCUGCCCACGUGCCAUCUAAUCAAGCAAUAAGUACAACAAAUUAAGAGGAUAAAAACUCACAAUAUGACACUAUAUCAAUGAUGAUUUUACAUAAUCGACAUGAAAUGCUGCAUUGAUAUUAUAUCCCUGAAAGUGUACUAUUAGUGGCAGUGGUGCCGUCGCAGUGGCGGCGUUGUAACUCAUGAUAUUCAAGCCUGGAAGGGUGUUUGAUUGUAAAAUGUUCAGUUUUUUGUAUUUUUCGUUACAAGGAGGUGUCAAAGAUGUGUUUUUUAAAAAGUUGAAGUACACAGGUGUACCUCUGCAUAUUUGUACAGAUGUCAAUAGGAAACAGGGGAAAAAAAGACACAAGGAGGAGGGGUAAUGGAUGCUGAAAGUGAGUGGUUCAAGCAGACAGGGAAAAAAAAAAAAAAAAAAGAUGGCGUAUCCGCUCUCUGAAAGCGCAAUCUGCUGUUUAGUCUCCUAACUGAGCUUUUAUCCAACCACAAAGACUUCCGGUUUACUCAAACUUCGGAGACACGCAAUGCAACUCCACAACCACUGCACUCUGAUCAGACGAGAAAUCAAUUCAGAAACAUGCUGCAGCUGCCAGAAUCGCAACUCUCAAACAUGUUGACUUUUCUUACAAGUGAGAUUCAAAGUCUUUUAUUUGAAUCUGUAAGUUAGUAUCUGUAAAGUUGUAAAGUAUAUUUUACUGUAAAUAGCAUCUGGGGGUCAUUUUUACUCCUUUUGUAACAGAAACUGUGGAUUUAAAAUAUAUAAAAGUAUAUUUUAAAGAUAUUUACUUCACUAAUAAAGAGAUUCUACUGUAAUGCAGGUGUCUUCAUCUGUAUUACCUCAUGACAAUCCCAUACUGACUAACAGCUGCUGCUUUCAGAGGCUACAGCGCACGCCAUUUUAGCCUUGGUGUCUCUGACCUGCACUGACACAGCCUUCCUCGUCCCGCCUGUCUGCUUGAACUCUCACGCCGUCAGAGAGAGCCUCGAACGCAACAGCCGCCCUGUUAGCACACACCAGAACGUACGCGAGUGGCUCUGGAGUGAGCUAUCGAAGCUGCAACGCAAAAAAAGGAGGCUCUCUCUGCCCUGGAGGCCUGUCAUGGCUGUUGUCUGUUGCUAGGAAACUGACCCGCACAAAGCACAGCAGGGGAGUGAUAUGCAGACGCACUGUGGGGAGGCAGGCGGGUCAACCAGCCGGCCAUGGUGGAGGAAUGGACGGAGGGAUUGAUGGAUAGUUGAGGGGGGAUGUUUAGAUUAAAAGGUGUUAAAUUGUAACUGUGGGAAUUAGGGGACUUGUAAGGAAAGUACUCUGACUACAAACGGGUGAGGAAUUCGAGAAAUGAGGCCCCUCGGUAUGUCAAGUAGAGCUGUGAGAAAAUAGUGCCGGGCUUUCAGAAACAGAGACAGAGGAUUGUCAUGUUGACUGAAGGUUGAGCUUGGGAUGAUGAUUCGGCAGAUCUGCUGAUUCCUGUAGAGACCGAUUUAGAAGAAGAAGAAGAAUAAAAAGCUUGACGUUGGUACAACCGCCCUGCCGACCUCAGUGAGCCUGCAGUGACAACCUGUUUUUUUUAAUCGGGGGUUUGUUAGCUUUCAUUUCCCUUUCUGCUGUUCCUUUGGAAGCCUGCUGUAUGACCACACUGGAAUUAUUAUAAUUAUUAUUAUGAUUAUUAUGGUGAUUAUUAACCCUUUCUUUUAUACUGACAACAACUGGAACACUGUACAGAUGUAAAGAUGGCAUUUCUCUGCAUUAUGACGAUGACUGAAACAUGGAUGUACAUAUACUGUAUCAAUUAAAAAUGACGAUGCAUUAAGCUUUUAUAUGGU